AGAGGUGACCUGCUUCCCGUGAGUCUUUGCGCGCAGAGUCCGCCGGGUGCGUGCUCCCUUCCCAGCAGCCCUCGCGCGCGCGGCUGGGUUUUGCCAACACCAGGACUGCAAGAUGGCGUCGCUCGUGCCACUGAAGGACAAGAAGCUCAUGGAGGUUAAACUUGGAGAGCUGCCAAGCUGGAUCCUGAUGCGGAAUUUUACCCCCAGUGGGAUUGCAGGAGCCUUCCAGCGAGGCUAUGACCGGUACUACAACAAGUACAUUAACGUUCGGAAAGGCAGCAUCUCGGGGAUCACCAUGGUGCUGGCAGCCUAUGUUGUUUUCAGCUACUGCAUUUCUUACAAGGAACUUAAACACGAGCGGCGACGGAAGUACCACUGAGGGGUCACCACGGAGGGCACUGCACGCCUGACAGCCCCGCCCAUGAAGAAUUCCACUGUGGCGGACGUUUCAUAUCCUGACAACUUGUGUCCAAUAAAAGGUGACUGACUGGUUCGUUCAUG